AGCCUACCCGAAUAUUUAUGCACUACCCUCGCUACGUACUGGCGGUAGCCCCGCUGUGUAGUCCCUUACUCUUAAUAUGAGUACUACUUCUCCUCUAUAUCCUCUUAGCAUGAGCCACGUGGUAGUCCCAAUGAAGUAACUUCAAAAUGGCAGCAUAUUGAACAGAGAAAAAAGAAUGGACGCCGUGAUGUCAACGGCAUCCGUAGCAGAUCUUCUAGGCUCCCUGCGGGACGAGCACCUUUUCCCAGCGGAUGGGCAGCCACGCACGCUCUUAUGGGCGGUCCUUUCCGUCGCAAUGCUCGUGUCCGCCGUUGUGCAGCAGUUGUCCAGUACGGGAAAGAAAACCGCUGCGGCUGCGGGGAAAACACCGAAAGAGAAGAAGGAACUUUAUUUCACCGAGGACAAGAGGCAGUGGCUCUUCUCUCUACAGGAUUCGGAGAAGGCCAAGCCGAAGAUGGUGUACGACAAGCGCGAUUUUUACGACUACGUGAUCAUGUUGGCUCUCUCCAUCGGAUCCUGCGUCGCAGUUUAUGGAGUUCAGCACGUUCUCACCAAAAUCGUGUUCCACAGCUCGUGGUUCCUCCUCUUCGUUUUCGCCACGCGGCACGGCACCUGCGGGUUGUUGGACUGGCUGAAGCAAAGGCCGGCGAUCUUUUCGCCGCGGGUCUGGCUCCACUGGGCCAUGUACAAGACGGAAAACAUGCGACCGAGCUACUGCUACCAGAUCGCCGUGUUUGCGGGCGACAUUGUCUUGUUGCGGGUUUUGCGAACUUACGUUUUCACGAAAAGUUAUCCCUCGGAGGGAGAUGAUGAUGAAAUGUUCUCCAGCUUGUUCUCAACCCCGUGGUCCUACUACGCUUUCUACGGUCUCACCUUUGGUUUGUUCUAUCUCAGCUUUGCCGUCGCCACGGUUCUCCGGACAGUGUCCCUCCUCGACCACCUCUACCAGCACAACCACGUGUUCAAGUUUUUGCAGCAAACUGGCUGGAGGAAAACCCUGCGGUUCUUACCGGAGAAAUUGAACCUACCGGACGUCUGCGACCACUUCGUGGGUUUGCUCCACGCAUUCGUCACCGGAGUCUGGACCCACGUGGUCACCGUGAUACCCUACUACCUCGUGCUUUGCGCGUACUGGACGGCUCUGUGUUCUCCUGCAGCUCCGACAGGAAGUAGUACUGGCAAUGAAGCGAGUGGAACAUCUUCAACGAGCAGUGACCAGCUCCUUCCCCACCCCGGACUCGUAUUAACCGCCGUGCUCAGCUGGCUUUUGCGGUUUCUUAUCAUCGAGCAGAGGCUGCUUCAGAUGUUCGAGCAGAACGACUUGAAUGAUUGGUACAUCCGGGAUCACUGGCUGGGGCAUUUCUCGAAAAUCGGCUUCUCCUACAUGCACGGACCCCACCACGACUGCCUGCCCGUCGGAUUUAUCGCGGUGGCGGACAACGGGCCGCUGGAGGGCAUGGUCCGCCACUUCUUCGGGCACUUCGACUCCUUCUGUUGCCCGCCCUUUGCCUGCUUCCGGUGGACGAAGACGAUUAUCCGCGACAUUGUCGGGCACCAGUACGUACCCGGGGUUUUGCCUUGGUCUUUUUCCGUCGUGGAUUACGGAGUGCAUCACGUGGAACACCACUACCUGUCCAUGUACCCGCUCGGCAACGGAAUUGAACACGAUCCCGACCCGAGGAACAAUCUAGAGGUGGAAAACUGGCUCAGCAACGGGGCGUACGGGAAAAGUAGUACGGUGUGGACCUGGUUCGUAUCAGAAGUGCAGAGGAUAGAGAGUGGGAAGAAGAAUGGUGCGGGGGAAAAUAAAACCGCAGAUACUGCUGGCGCGGAGGCCGCAGGGGAGGAUAGCGGGUUGAAGAAUAAAACGCAAUGAAGGUGUUGCACUUUUACUUUACGCAUUGUGGAAGAUAUCAAACUAAAUGGACAAAAGCGAAACGUGGAUUUUUGACUCCGUAGAUUUGUGACAUAAAGAAACAGCGUGAUCAGCAUUUCCAGAUCUAUUGUUUAGGUUCUUCAUCCUGCAUAGAUAUCAGUUCUUUACGUAAACUUUCACAAUUUUUGGAAAUAGGGAAAAAGAAAAAAGAAAAUAUCGCAAAUAAAAUAGACCCUCGGCGGUUUGUGCAGAUCUUCAAGCGAGGCAAAAAUGACAACAUUUGGUGUAAGACAAGAUGAAGGAUCUUCUUCAUGUCAGGUCGUUUUCAUCAAACUCUGGACAGGCCAUGCUGGUACUGGCAUUUGGCGUGCCUACUUUUUGUGGACGUG